UAGAAGGUCGAGGGUUCGAGACCUGCUCCCUGUUGUUUCAUUACAUUGGUGUCAGAAGUGAUCGGACCUUGCAUCCACGACAGUACGUGUGCUUGGCUGGUGAGCACGUUCCUGUAAGACGUGGAGUCGCAAGCUAACGCGAGGACGCGCUCUUUGAAAGGAGGUAGUCGUGUAACGACCCUGGGUUUAUAAGCGCGGAAAUCGAUUCUGCCGCACGACGAUGUGGCACAGUCGAUAGCGCGCCGGACCUCGAGCUAGAAGGUCGAGGGUUCGAGGCCUGCUCCCUGUUUCAUUACAGUAUUUUCCAAUGGAGCUAGCUAGAUAUGGUUGUAAUGCUAGAAUAUAUUUUAAAGUCAUGUUUUUAUUUAGAGCAAUAAACGUGUGCUUGCAUCAACCGUAACUUUGUAAACACAACGAACUGGGUUGUUGUAGCGCCACCACAAUGUAAUGUCCCUGGCUUGGUCGUAUUUUUUUUUAUCCCCGUUCUUUUCCCGCCACAAACUCUUGCAAGUCCCACCCUUCUACCAUCAGGAUACGCCUCCUGCAAUGUAUUCAGCCAAUCAUUAUCACUAGUCGAUCAUAUCUCCCAAUAGCAAGGCGUCACUGUUCGACCUCGCGGGAAAGUGACGAUAUUUUUGCCGCGAAAGAGUCAGCGUGGAAUUCAUUGUCCACGGAAGAUCAUUGGCGUUAAUCACCAAAAACUCUUUUGCUUUUAGGAUUAUUCCACUUUGCGCACGCUAACUUAAUUUUCAGCACUUUGUAGAUAUACUCGGUGCAUUAUGUCUGGUUUCGACGACCCGGGAGUUUAUUACAGUGACAGCUUCGGCGGUGGAGAUGGACUAGGGGAUGAAGGUGGAGUGAAACGGAGCCAGAUCAAGAAACGAUUCCGUGAAUUUCUUCGGCAGUUCAGAGUUGGGACCGAUCGCACCGGUUUCACCUAUAAAUACAGAGAUGCCCUUAAGAGACACUACACUCUGGGGGAGUACUGGGUGGAGGUGGAGAUGGAAGACCUGGCCAGCUUUGACGAGGACCUGUCAGACUGCCUGUACAAGGUGCCCUCUGAGAACCUGCCGCUGCUGGAGGAGGCUGCCCAGGAGGUGGCUGAUGAGGUGACCCGUCCCAGGCCCCUGGGAGAGGAGACAGUGCAGGAAAUCCAGGUCAUGCUAAAGAGUGACGCCCAUCCUGCCUCCAUCCGCAACCUCAAGUCGGAGCAGGUGUCCAGGCUGGUGAAGGUCCCUGGGAUCGUCAUCUCUGCCACGGCUGUGAGGGCCAAGGCCACCAGGGUGUGUUUGCAGUGUCGUGGCUGUCGCUCUGUCAUCAGUAACAUCUCCCUGCCACCAGGCCUGCAGGGCUACGCUCUUCCCCGAAAGUGCAACACUGAGCAGGCAGGCAGGGUGAGGUGUCCUAUAGAUCCCUACUUCAUAAUUCCAGACCGUUGUGUCUGUGUGGACUUCCAGACCCUCCGUCUGCAGGAGUCUCCAGAUGCUGUGCCACACGGAGAGAUGCCCCGCCACCUGCAGCUCUACUGUGACAGGUACCUGUGUGACCGUGUGGUCCCUGGGAACAGAGUGACCAUCAUGGGGAUCUACUCCAUCAAGAAGGUGGCCCAAACUAAGGGCAAGGGUAGAGAUAAAAGUGCAGGCGUGGGCAUCCGCUCCUCCUACCUCCGUGUGGUGGGCAUUCAGCAAGACACAGAGGGAGCAGGUCGCGGGGCCACGGGGUCAGUCUCCCCUCAGGAAGAGGAGGAGCUGAGAGCGUUGGCCUCCUCCCCCGACGUCUACGGCUCCCUUGCCCGUUCCCUCGCUCCUUCCAUCUAUGGCAGUGAUGACCUGAAAAAGGCCAUCGCCUGCCUGCUGUUCGGCGGCUCCAGGAAGAGGCUGCCUGACGGGCUGACACGUAGAGGAGACAUAAACUUGCUAAUGCUGGGAGACCCCGGUACUGCUAAGUCUCAGCUGCUCAAGUUUGUGGAGAGGUGCUCUCCCAUUGGGGUGUAUACCUCAGGUAAAGGCAGCAGUGCUGCUGGUCUGACAGCCUCUGUACUGAGGGACCCCGUCACCCGUGGCUUCAUCAUGGAGGGAGGAGCCAUGGUACUGGCUGACGGUGGGGUGGUGUGCAUCGAUGAGUUUGACAAAAUGAGAGAGGAUGACCGAGUAGCCAUCCAUGAAGCCAUGGAGCAACAGACUAUCUCCAUUGCCAAGGCUGGCAUCACCACCACCCUGAACUCCCGCUGCUCGGUGCUGGCCGCUGCUAACUCUGUGUUUGGCCGUUGGGACGACACCAAGGGAGAGGACAACAUCGACUUCAUGCCUACCAUCUUGUCCCGUUUUGACAUGAUCUUUAUCAUCAAGGACAUCCACGACCAUCAGAGAGACAUGACUCUGGCCCGCCACGUGAUGAACGUCCAUCUCAGUGCUCAUACUCAGACUGAGGGUGUGGAGGGAGAGAUCACACUGGCCACACUGAAGAAGUAUAUUGCCUAUGCCAGAACAAAAUGCGGCCCACGUCUCUCUGCGGCGGCAGCUGAAAAGCUGAAGAACAGAUAUGUGGUGAUGAGGAGUGGCGCGAGGGAACAUGAGAGGGAGAGCGACAGGAGAGCCUCCAUCCCCAUCACUGUCAGGCAGCUGGAGGCUGUGGUGCGCAUCUCUGAGUCCCUGGCCAAGAUGAAGCUGCAGGCUGUGGCUGGAGAGGAGGAGGUGGACGAGGCCUUGCGGCUCUUCCAGGUGUCCACACUGGACGCUGCGCUGUCCGGCAGCCUCUCGGGUGUGGAGGGCUUCACCACUCAGGAGGACCAGGAGAUGAUUUCCCGUGUUGAGAAGCAGCUGAAGAGACGCUUUGCCAUUGGCUCCCAGGUGUCCGAGCACAGCAUUGUCCAGGACUUCACCAAGCAGAAGUAUCCAGAGCAGGCCAUCUACAAGGUUCUUCACCUGAUGAUGAGGAGGGGAGAGCUGCAGCACCGCAUGCAGAGGAAGGUGCUCUACAGAGUCAAGUAGUCUCACAAAAAGAUGCAUACGCACAAAGAUUAAGUCACGAUGGGCUUUGUAAAUAGUAGAAGGGACAGGCGUCAUCAAUUCACUCUUCCUCACAAGCCAGUGGACAUCUUCAUGAAGUCACGUCGAUACGUCUUCUCCAUCCAAGGCCAUGGUCCGCCUACAGAGCCACUGAUGUAUACCUUUUUAUGUGUUGCUUUGCCAAGUUAAGCCAACAACAGUUAUUUGCUGUUCUAUUGCCCUCAUAAGUAUUUUGGUGUCUAUUCUUUUUAGACUAAACAAAUGAUGCUAUGGAGGCAGUUUGGAUGAACUGUAUUGUUGUUGAAUUGUUUGGGGCAAGAAAAUUGACAUGAGAAUGCCCUAAAGAUUGUUAACGUUAAAUCAUUGUGUAAGGUAUUUUGUAUUGAAAAUAAAUACCAAACUUCUUUA